AUGGCCUCGACGAACGCGCCUCUGCAGCGCCACGAAAGCGCCAAGCUCACGCAGUUGUCGGCCGUGGCCGCCGCGCAGCACAACAUCGACUGGCAGCAGAGCAUCGGCGUCAAAAUCAUGCUGGGUGGCUUCGCCAACACUCUGGCGACGGCCGUCACCAACCCAAUCGACGUGGUCAAGGUGCGCUUGCAGCUACAGGCGCUGGAGCCCGCCACGGGUGCUGCGGGCGGACAAACGCGUUACUUGGGCUUCAGCCACGGUCUCAAGACCAUUUGGAAGGAAGAGGGCUUCGCGGGCUGGGCCAAGGGCUGGCAGGCCUCGCUGCUGCGUGAGUACAUCUACUCGGGCAUCCGGUUCGGUGCGUACGACGUGGUCAAGGAGACGUUCGAGGACAAGGUGUUCCACAUCUCGGCCGACGAGCGCGCCACCUCUCCGCUGUACAUUAAGCUGCUGGCAGGAGCCACGUCUGGCGGCAUCGGCAGCGCACUCGUGAACCCCAUGGACCUCGUCAAGGUCCGCAUGCAGGCCGACCGCACGGGUGCUCGCUACCACAACAGCUUCAUCUUCGCGUGCCGUCAGAUUUACCAGCAGGAGGGGCUUGUUGAGGGUUUCUACCGUGGUGUUGCUGCUACGACUUACCGUGCGAUGGCCCUCACGGCAGCGCAGCUCCCGAGUUAUGACCACAUGAAGCACACGCUGCUGUCGCAGACGUCGCUGGAGGAAGGCGUGACGGUCCACAUGAUCUCGAGCAUGUUUGCCGGUCUGAUGGCGGCCACGGCGUCAUCGCCGAUGGACGUGAUGAAGACCCAGAUCCAAAACGAAGCCAAGAGCGGAUGCUCCAACGUCCUUGGCCGCGCGUUCAUGUCCGUUCUCCGUACGGAAGGCGUCCGCGGCUUCUUCAAGGGAUGGCUGCCGAACUGGUUCCGCCUUGGCCCGCACACCAUCAUCUCGCUCAUGGUCUACGAAAACCUGCGCGCCUCGAUGGGCAUGGGACCCGUUUGA